AUGCUUCUCUACCUAUAUGAAAUUGGACAGUAUACCUCUGCGGCGCCAAGCACGUUCUCCAGUCUUCGGCAGAACGAAGUGCUUUAUCGCAAAGUUAUGAGGCGCUCCGGACUUGGCAAGGGGAUUGAAGCAGAUGUGACAGGCUGUGACCCAAACAUCCUGGACACUAUCUCAAAGAUAUUCGACACACUCAUGGGAGAAGGAGGAUUGCCUCCGUCGUGGCAAACAUAUUUUCUAGAACUGGAGGGCCAACUUCGGAUGAGGAUCCUAGAACCACUAGAGUCAGACAUAGUACCGGGAACCACGUCUUGGAUGCACGCUGUCACGAUGCUACAUUGUCUCACAACAGUACUAUGGAUCAACCGUUCUGUUAGGGGUUAUUGCGGAACAGAGGCAACUCACCAAAAUCUAGUGACACAAGGGGUGACGAUCCUUGUCCAAAUGAAGACAUGCGAUCUGCCUUGGCCGUUAUUCAUCAUUGCUGGUGAAACGCGGAUAGAUGAACAACGACAGAUCAUACUAAGUAUCAUUCAUCGAACGCAGGAGGGGUCCAAAACAAACCACAUAAAUAUGGUUCGGGAGCUGAUAGAGACGUUGUGGAAUUACAAUGAUCUCGAUCCCGACGGGUUGCUAAGUUAUGACACUAAGCUACGCAGCAUCAUCCAAGCGUAUCCAUGGAUGCUGCCAUUUGUAUAG